CAGGGCGGCCGCGGCGCAUGCGCGGUCGGGGCGAUUCUCCUCCCUGAAGAGAGCAGUGGCUCUGUCCUGGUUCGUGCGGUUGGGUCUUCUCUCGCUUUCCCUGUGGUUCUGUCAUGGCUGCCGAGGGCCAAAGGAAGGCGGCUUGAGGGAAAGGAGAUGAGUUGGUUCAACGCCUCGCACCUCUCGACCUUCGCCAAGCAGGCCCUGUCGCAAGCGCAGAAGUCCAUCGACCGGGUGCUGGACAUCCAGGCCGGAGAGGAAGAGGAGGAAGGAAGCCUCCGGGCCAGGCCUGGAGAGGCGGGAACCAAUUCUCUUACAACUGGAGGUUGGGAUACUUCAACAUGGGGAGCCAACUCAACCGUAGAACCUCAAAGUCAGCCAAUAUCUUCUCCAACAGCCAUCACCAAGCCAGUUAGGAGGAUUGUGGUGGAUGAAUCAGAUACCUUCUUUAGUGCCUUUCUCUCACCAACCGAUGUACAGAACAUACAAAUAAGUCCAGUGGUAUCUACACCACCCACCAAAUCCCAGCGACCCAAAGAAGAAGUAAAAAACACAAUACAGGACUCUCUUGAUGCUGACCCGCCAGAAGCAGAGGAUUUCCCUGUAACUUCAAAUGUGGAACUGAUAGACUUCAGUGAUUCCCAGGAAACAGUAGAAGGAAAUAAUUCUGUUUCUAUUACUGAAAAUGUGUGUGAUGAAAAUAGUCCUAAAGAUGACGAUCAAACGGAAUCUCCUGAAAAUCCAAAAGAAGCAGACUCCACUGUUAUGGUGAAAUCCAGUUCAGGAAGCAAUGGGCCUGAACUUAGGCCUGAACUCUCUGCACAAUCUUUGUCUUCAGAGGCAAAGAAUGUAGCUCUGGACACAAAAGAACGCAAAAGUGAGGAUCGGCAAAGUAAUACACCUUCCCCUCCAGUUAGCACUUUUUCCUCAGGGACAUCCACAACUAGUGACAUUGAAGUUCUAGACCAUGAAAGUGUAAUAAGCGAGAGCUCAGUGAGUUCAAGGCAAGAGGCUUCUGAUUCAAAAGCUAGUCUUCAUCUCAUGCAAACUUCAUUUCAGCUCCUCUCAGCAUCUGCAUGCACCGAGUAUAACCGUCUAGAUGACUUUCAGAAAUUGACUGAAAGCUGCUGCUCCUCUGAUGCUUUUGAAAGGAUUGACUCAUUUAGUGUGCAGUCUUUAGACAGUCGAAGCGUAAGUGAAAUAAACUCAGAUGAUGAAUUGUCAGGUAGGGGAUGCACUUCGGCAUCUGUCAACAUCAGCACCCCUGUACUGAAAAGUGAUGAGACAGAAUCUGUGAAAAGCAAGCCUGAUCAAAUCCAAAAUGAGUCUCUUGUGCUACCUGCAGAAGAAAUAGAAAUGGAGGAAAGUGGGAGAAGUGCAACGCCUGUGAAUUCGGAGCAGCCAGAUGUCUUGGCUGUUUCUUUACAGACUGAUCAAAGACAGAUACAGAAAGAGGAACCAGCGGUAUUUCAGCCCAGCCCUGGAAAGUUAAGCAAUGCAGAAUGUGAAAAAGAAGAGCUGUGCAAGAUUAUUGAUUCAUUGAUGGAGAAACUGGAAAUGAGGGAAACUAGACUAUUAAGUAUUAGUAAAGAGAAGGCAUCCCUAGAAGAAGCUUAUGAUAACCUUAAAGAUGAAGUCUUCAAAAUGAAGGAAGAGAACAGUAGCAUUUCAUCUCUUAAAGAGGAGUUUGCUCAGCGAAUCGCAGAUGCAGAGAAAAAGGUUCAAUUAGCAUGCAAAGAGAGAGAUGCUGCUAAAAAGGAAGUAAAGAAUCUCAAAGAAGAUCUAGCAACCAGAUUGAACAGUAAUGAAACUGCUGAAUUACUAAAGGAGAAAGAUGAACAAAUCAAAGGAUUAUUGGAAGAAGGAGAAAAGCUUUCAAAACAGCAGUUGCAAAGUUCUAACAUCAUCAAGAAGCUACGAGCAAAAGAAAAGGAAAAAGAAAGUAUUAAUACAAAGCAGAGUAAAAAAAUUCAGGAAUUUGAAGAUGAGUUGCAGCAUCUGAAGCAGGUAUUGGAUGGCAAAGAGGACCUUGAGAAGCAGCAUAGAGAGAACAUCAAGCAGCUAAAUAGCCUGGUUGAACGCCAAGAGAAAGAUCUUGUCAGACUCCAUACUGAUCUUGAAGAUCUUGAAGAGAGAAACCGAAGUGUUCAAGCAGCUCUCGACGGUGCAUACAAAGAACUUGCAGAUCUUCAUAAAGCCAAUGCUGCAAAGGACUGCGUGGCCCAAGAAGCAGCCCUAAGUCAUGAAAUCAAAAUGAAGGAAGAACUGGGCUUAGCUUUAGAAAAAGCACAAGAGGAAGCUCGGCAGCAGCAAGAAGCAUUAGCAAUUCAGGUGGCAGACUUGAGACUGGCCUUGCAACGUGCAGAGCAACAAACAGCUAGAAAGGAGGAUUACUUGCGCCAAGAAAUUAGCGAACUUCAGCAGAGACUUCAAGAAGCAGAGUCUCGUAACCAAGAGCUAAGUCAAAGCGUUACAUCUGCUACACGGCCUCUGCUCCGACAGAUAGAAAACUUGCAAGCAACCUUGGGAGCACAAACACUGGCCUGGGAGAAGCUGGAGAAGAACCUCUCUGAUAGGCUUGGGGAAUCUCAAACUGCCCUGGCAGCACAGACUGAAAGAGAACGUGCAGCUACAGAAGAACUUCUUUCCAAUAAAAUCCAGCUUUCUUCCACUGAAUCCCAAAAUAGUAUCCUGAGGCAAGAGAAUAGCCGCCUUCAAGCUCAACUAGAAGGAGAGAAAACCAGGCUUAAGAAACUAGAAAAUGAAAACAACAGGUAUGAAGUUGAGCUAGAAAACCUCAAGGAAGAAUAUGUGAAAACGGUUGAAGAAGCAAAGAAAGAAAAGAUGCUGUUAGCUACUCAGCUAGAAAUGGAGAAAAUAAAGGUUGAACAAGAAAAAAAGAAAGCUGUGUUUGUACAAGAAACAGCAAGAGAGAAGGAACGUAAAUUAUACAUUUCAUCAGCAAUUGAAACUGUCUCAAGUACUCCAUCACUUUCACGUUCAAGCUCUAUAAGUGGGGUUGAUAUGGCUGGUCUACAGGCAUCCCUCAUAUCUCAGGAUGACCCUCAUGAACAUUCCUUUGGUUCAUUGUCUACAAGUGGAAACAAUUUAUAUGAUGCUGUCAGGAUGGGAGCAGGAUCAAGUAUUAUUGAAAAUCUGCAGUCACAAUUAAAAUUACGAGAUGGAGAGGUUUCUCACCUACAGCUGGAGAUUGGAAACCUUGAGCGAACUCGGUCAGUAAUGGCAGAGGAGUUGGUAAAAUUAACAAAUCAAAAUGAUGACUUGGAAGAAAAAGUAAAGGAGAUUCCCAAGUUGCGUGCACAAUUAAGGGAUUUGGAUCAGAGAUACAAUACAAUUCUCCAGAUGUAUGGUGAAAAAGCAGAAGAGGCAGAAGAACUGAGGUUGGACCUUGAAGAUGUAAAAAAUAUGUACAAGACCCAGAUCGAUGAACUUCUGAAACAAAGACACAGUUAAUUCAGGAAUUGCCACUUGAAAAAAACUGUUGCAUUAAACUGUCGAAGUGUAUAAAUUCAAAUAUCUUGUAAAAUUUGUACUAAAGAGUGAUGAUACUGUAGAGUUCACGUGUUGGCCGGAAUCCUUUUGGUUUCAUGAUGGCCAGCUGUGUGCAUUUAAAUUAUUUGUUAAUAUUAAAAAUUUUAUAUCUAUACCUUAAAGCUAAUUUAAAAGGCAAACAGACUGUCUUAAGUCUAUAUAGUAGUGUGUGACAGAUCUUUCAGAUAGAAGAAACUUUGACCGCAACUAUUUAAUCCCUGUGAUAAUUCUGUGACAAUUACCUGGCUAUGCUGAAUUUUUCCUAUUGAAAUGAAUGUUUGGAAGAGAAAUAUAUUGAUUUUGUAAAAGAUACAUGCUGUACAGAUAGUAUUCACUUCUUUUGCAGUCUGAAAUGGGAGGCUUGAGUGCUUUUACGACAUUUAAAAAAGCUGUAUUUGUAUUUAUAUUUUGGUGCCCUAACCAGACUGUUUGCUGCCCAUAAUGCCAGACAGUUGCCUUUCCACCCAGCAAAGCAGAGUGGUUUACAUGUUAAUAGUAACCAAACUCUCUCCUACUAAGUAAAUACAACUCUAGUAUUCUGUUUGUUUGUUUUUUUUAAAAAAAAAAGUUUGGCAGUCUUCCUAAAGCAUAAUACACUGCCACUUAGAGGUAAGCUGCCUUUCAACUUCAGUGGGUUUCAAUUUCAGUGAAAAGGCAAUGCAGCAGUCAAGGGGAGGAAUUCCCCAUAAUUGUUGCUGAUUCUUUUAGUGUAUGUGUGUGCAUUGUGCACUUUGUUUUCAAAAGUGAAUAAAUACAUUCAAGAUGCCAUCAAAUAGUUUGAAAAUGCUUGUUAGAAAAGAUUUCCUGGAACAAGUGAGAAAUAGUACCUUCAAUUGCCUUUCCAGCUACUUAUUCUAACCAAAUCAAAAAAGUUGCUUUUGCAAAAGGAACAAGUAUUGUUUCAGUUUAUUAUUUCUUGCCAAACAUUUAGGUGGUUGUGAAGAAAAAAUUAAGCAAAUUUUUGUUAUGAGACCAUUCUUUCUGUUCUACUCUAUCUUUUAAAAAUCUUUUUAAAAUUCUUUGGAAAUUGAAGUUUUGUUAGUGGGAUUUCAAUAUCAAGUUGCAACACAUACAGAGAUAAAUAUUACACUUCCAACAUUUUUGAAGAAGUUUACCACUUGAUAGCUAAUUCACUGUAAAAUCUCCAGUGUUAAUACACAAGACACACUUUUGUUGAGCUGAUCUUGCUAAACUGAUAUAUAGAAAUUAAGUUUUGAUUUGGUAAAGUGAAUACUUAAGUCAUCAGUUUACUUAUAAUGAGGAAGAAGUAGUCAGUGGACUCAAAUAAUCUCUCCUUUUUCACCAUGAGAGCAAUAUGAAAUAAGAUCUUUAAUAGACAGGGUUGUUAUCUUUUUCAAAAAAUACAACUUCCUGAGAAAGGUCUCAGGGAGCAAAUUUCUAGCAUUGACUUCUUGUGAGUUGGAUUCUUUCUGAAAAUGUUAUUUUUUCCUGGUUUUGGUGACACUUUUAAUACAGAAAGCUUCACAUACAUAUGCAGGAGGGCCAUAUGACAUGUAUGUGGCAAAUGGUAAUUGAAAUUUGUGUACAGUAUUCUUUAUCGUGCAGCCAUCUUGCUGACAAAAUACUAUAGUACAAUAUACUCAAAGUUUCCUCAUUUUUUUAGUUUCAAAAACAAUUCUGCAUUAGUAGUUCUUUAACAGCAGGAGUAAACAAUGACAGGCGACAAUAGAAAUUACUCUUUUAUCUUCUAAAAAGACACUACAUGAGUGAACACAUUGUAAAAACUAAUAUGAAGUUCAAAAUGGAAUGCAGAUAAUUCAAAUCAGGACUUUCCUCACAAAAAAAUGCAUAUUAGCUCAAUUUUGGAAUUUAUAAUGCUGUUCAUAACAAACACUAUCAACUUUUAAACAAGAAACAGGUCCAUUUUAGUGUAGGCCUGUAGAAUCAAAUGGAUUUACCUAUAUGGUGACGCACCAUUCAACAGUUGGUCAAUGGGAGUAACUACCAGGAUCCCAGACAUAAUGGGUAACUAGAAUUUAUAUGCCUACAUUAAGAACAAAAAGCCUUACAUGUUUUAUCCAAACUUUGAAGAAUUUUGCAGCUUUUACAUAAGAUAUUUUACAUACACCAGGCACACACACAGUUUCUUCACUGGUUUUAAAUGCAAAUAUUUAUUAGAUUUUGACUAGACUAUGAGCCAUGCUUUGCUAUAUAAUGUUGGCCGUUUGACUUUCCAGGUCCUUUGCAGCCAGCCCUUCAUCUAUUUCCUCAUGUCUGACAAUCAGAGAUGUUAUUUGCAGGUACUACCUAUGUCUUUAAAUUUACUGUGCAGUUUUUAAAAGCACUAGAUGGUGCUGUAACAUUUCUUUUCUCAGGACUCCUACUUUGUUUUUGUGAGAAGUUGGUUAUUUCUGGAUGUCUCCAAUCCUCGGCUGUCAAAUCAAAAGAUUUAAUGUAGCUAAAGAAAUGGAAAUAAUUGCUUCAUUGGAUGGGAAGGCAUCUUCAUGCUGUUAAUGUAAAAACAGAUGGGGCAAGAUAAAGGGAAUUCCUUUGUAGAAUGCCAGUGUCGUUACUUGCAUUAUACAAAUAACUUUUCUUUAGACAUGUCAAAGUUGUACCUUUGCUAGUGAAGAAUAUUUAAGGUAGGUGUUUGAAACCUGCGUUUAAACACAUUACAGCAUUACACUGCAUACAAACUAUUGAAAUGAGCACAAAUGGGAACUUCAGUUUCUCAACUCAUUUAAGUCAGAAACAUAGGCUUAGCAUUGUCUAGUGUCAAACAAGAACAGUAUUGGAUCUCUAGCAAAGAAAAAUGGUUUGGGUAUGUGUAUAAAUUGGGUCAAUCACCUUUGCAACUGUGUUAGGCUUUAACCUUUUGUGGCUUAAGAAAUUUGACCUUUUUAAUAAAAGACCACACUAGUAUGAAGUAUGUACAUUAAUGUUAUUGAAAUUAAGCUGUUAAUGUAUGUAAAUAGUUUAAACUUGUUUAAAUCUCAGUCUGAGUAAAAUAUUUGACUUAA